AUGUGUGUGCAUUUGCUGCAAGAACCUUCUGCUGAAACAUUCUCAAAACCAAUUAAUUCCGCCACAAAUGAGAUUUCGUUCCCGAACUUCUGCCAAAUCCUAAUGAAUAUUCAAGCCGUUGUCGACAAGGUAUUUCCAAAUCUUACAACCAACUACAAAAAUUCGGAUUGGCUGUGGGAACGUGCAAUUCUGGCACCCAAAAUUUAUGAUGUUAACAACCGGAUCACCGAUAAUGUUUCUCCGGAAUUUAAACGCGCCAAAAUUAUGCAACGGAUCAAGAUUGAUUCACCAAAUUUAAUUGAGGCAAAAAUAAUCGGUGGCAGAUUCAAAGAAAACAGUCGGAUUAAUACAACGUCCCUUAAUAAUACUGCACUUGAAGUAGCACCAAGUGGUUGUGGUGGUCGUAGUAAUAUUACUUUGGAAAAUUCCACAUCAGUGUCAGCCCCAGUUGUCAUACAGCAUAGACAUCGUUUUGCAACAUUGAGUUGCAUUAGUGGCGGCAAUGUCAAUAAUAAUGGGGAAGAUGGCGACAUUAGCGUCGAGCAAAAUAACCAAUUUAUUGUAAAUCGACAGCAGCAGGAGCAAAAUCAAAGACGACGACCCUUUUUGUGUCGCACACCACCACCAAAUUAUCACUCAUUGCCUGCAACACCCCCACCAUCGUAUACGCCGCAUCCGCAACAACUCCAUCUGCAGCGAGCGUAUCAAGAGCAACAACAAACUGUGCGAUUACCGGAAAACUCAAGAGACGACAAUGUGAACAAUGACGAACAACAGGAACAACCGGCUCAGCAGCAACAGCAGAGUACUCAUCAUCAUCAUCAACAGCAGCAGCAAUUGCAACCUUUAAGGGAUUUUCAAGUACCGGAAGCACUUGCGCUACCCCAUGAAGGGCAUGGAGUAUUAAAUAGGCUAAAUGUUGGAAGAAAUGGCAUAAAUGAGCCAACGGUUGUAAAUAGACAAGUAGGAUUAGCUAAUGGAAGAUGUGCCACAAGAAAUGUGGCAACAGUGUCACCAAAUCAUCAUCAGCAGCAGCAUCAACAACAGAUACAACAAAGAAGACGGAAGCAACGCAGACGUAAUCUUUAUUUAUUACAACAACAACAACAGCAGCAGCACCAACAACAACUGCAACAAAUUAAUCCAACCCUUGGCAAUCAUACCACAGAUUCUGAAAGCUCUACAAGUUUAACGGACGCCAGUGAAAGUGACAAUGACAUCAUUUGUAUAGGCAGCACAAGAGAUCAAAGAAGACGUCGCCGGCAACGUUUACUUAAAUUAAGAGAUGCAUAUUGUCCUGACUUGUUAAAUGCCUGCUCAUUAAUUUUACUUCAACAACAGACAAGUGAUUCAACAGUCGGUAGUUUUACUGAUACACCACCACCGCCACCCGAAGAACAUUUUAAUGAGUCAACCGAUUACGUGGAAAUCGAUGAAUUUCAACAGUCAAACAGUCGACAAAAUGGUGGACAAAUUAAAACACAAAGUUUAUCACAAAUCUAUGAACAAAUCCAUCAAUGUGAAACAGAUACGUAUGCAUCGCACAACAAUAGACUGAAUGGAGUGGGAUUGGCGGGAGAAAGAGACGAGAGAGAAGACGAAGAAAACCAAAGAUUAUACUAUAAUAACAAACAGGAAAUGGGUCAAAGUUUAAGUAUACGAAGACCAAGAAUAUCACUAACCUGGGUAUUGAGAGAACAAUCACAAAACCAACAACAGCAGCAGCAACAAAACGAACAGCAACAACAACAAAAUACCAAAAAGGAAGAGGAGAAACCGACUAAGGAAGAGAAAAAGGAGAAUAUUACCGAUUUAAAUAAUGUUCUCAAUAACAAUCAAAUUAUAAACAAUCGCGUUAAUAAACUGGAUCAUCAUUCAUCAGGGGUAGAGAAGAAAAAAUAUCGUUUGAAGCAUAUACCCGGCAACAGUGAACCCCUAAACGGCUAUGCUACCACACCCACAGGCUACACCAAUACUCCCAAUGCCCUGGGUUCUCAGAAAUUCUUUAGCAAUCAAAAUUUAUUGGAAUAUCACAAAGAUGAAGGCCACUGUAAGCCCGCCUCAAAGGAUUUACUAUUUGUCUGUACGCCUCAAAGAGUUCCGGAUAGUUUUGGUGGUUCCACCAUGGAUGUCUUGGCAUUGGCUAAGAAACGUAAUGAAAUACGCAAGAAAUUGGCCACGAAAAUGGCCCACUUCCGUUCUGAAUCACAAACACCCCGAUUAGUCAAUAAUAUUAGUAAUGGUGUGCAAUUGAAAAGGGACACAAAGUCCUCCUUAAAAUCAGGAUCCUAUUCAGAACCUAGUCUUAUAGCUGCCUCUGAGGGCAACUCCCGCAGACAUCGUCAUCGCAAGCGGCGAGAAAGAAAUCGCAGCCAAAAAUUCGGCUAUGAAAUCAAAAAUGUCGAUGAAUUCUUAAACAAAUGUUCGCUGGCCUCACCGGGCAAUAUACCCAUGGUUUUAUCUACCUCAUGCAUACUGUAUCAAACAAGACCGGGCGGCUAUCAAACGGAGAUAUCACUCCCUUUGGGAAUGGUGGUGAAUGCAGUAUUUAAAAAUCAAAAUUGGCUGUAUGUGCAAACACCGCAUGCGGAAGAAGGUUAUGUUAACUACACCACCUGUUUACCGCUGGGCAUUCUGCCACCCGAAGCACGCAAGGAGUCUUCCAGUCAUAGCAAACCUACACCAUGUUGGGAAUCUAAUGGUGAUAUAUUUCCCAAACCCUGUGGCAAUAUGACAGACUCCGAAAAGGAAAUACAUUUAAGAGUAGGCUCCCGUAGUGAAGGCGCCCGCACUCCACAUCUGAAAAAUCCUGCCACAGAUAAUGAUACGGCCACUGUAAUAUCAGUGAAGACAGAAAACACCGACUGUCUUAACGGCAAUGCCACCUCCUCCUCUAUGUAUGGCGAACAACAGGUAGAUAAAUUGUAUUUGAGGGCAGCCUCCCAACCCAAACUUAAUGAGAAGACAUCAUAUGCUCAAUUAAAAAUUAUACGUAAUCAUUCAUCGGCCAAGUCGCAAUCAUCAGCACACACCAAUGAUGAAUAUGUUACAUUGCAAAAGCAUCAUCAGCACCAGCAGCAGCACCAGCCACAGCCACAGCCACACCAAAUCAAACAAAAGCAUGUACAUACAAAUCAACCCGUACAAAAGACUUACAUUACACGCACUUUCAUUACCAAUGGCCAUAAUGGCCAACAUUUGCAUCCGAAAGAUAUGAAAACAAAUCUGCAACAGCAGCAGCAACUACUACAGCCAACAACUAAUUGUAACCUUAAAACUUCGAACUCAACAACAAUGCUACAACAACACCAGCAACAACAACAAACAAAUAGCCCAACAACCAUAACAGUUACUUCAUUUCCAGCCAACAAACAUCAACUACAAACUUCACAACAGCAUCAAUCUCAAUCAUCAUUACAACAUAAUCAGCAACAGCAGCAUAAUCAACACACACUGGUUGCCCCACGUUCCGUAUUGAAUGCCAUACGCCGUUCCACAGCCCACUGUGGUCAACGUCAGACACUGGUGGCCAUAACCACAGAUUAUACAACGGAUGCUUUGACGCUGCACAAAGGCGAUAUUGUAACGUUAUGCGAGUGCCGUGAGACCAAAGAUCACCGUCAAUGGUUUUACGUGAGAACACGUGAUGGUCGUCAGGGUUAUAUACCAGCCGAAGUGGCGGGGCAUGGCUAUUUGUAAUUAAAUUAAACUUUCAACAUCAAUCAAUAAAAGGAAAAUUCAUAAAUACAUAAUACAUAC